GCGAAGGCAGAGCCGCUUCAGUGCACCUGCCUGCCGGGCUGCUCUGAGGAUCUUCUACCUGGGCUCCCCUCGCCGCUCCUCUUCAGCGGAUCAGCGUCUUUGCCGUCGAUCCACCUGGGUCCCGCCAUGGAGGGGUUGCGGGGUGGCCUGAACCUCGCCGGGCUCCUGUCGUUGCUGCUCGUCGCCGGCGUCAUGAAAGAGGCCAGCGCACAAAUGUUGUGUGGGGUGCCUGCCCUGGGACGGAUCGUGGGCGGUUCUAAUGCUCAAAAUGGACAGUGGCCAUGGCAGGCCAACCUGAACUUCAAUGGUCAUCAUGCCUGUGGGGCAACCCUCAUUGCCCCCCAGUGGUUGGUUUCAGCUGCACAUUGCUUCCCAAAGGGGAAUGACAUCCAGUUGUAUGAAGUGACCCUGGGGUCCUACCAGCUGAAAAACCCCUCGCCAGAUAUCCAAGUGACGCAAAUAGACCAAGUGGUUAAGCAUCCUGAUUUCAAUGAAGACGAAGGCUCUCAAGGAGACAUUGCCCUGGUGAAACUCAAAGACUCAAUUCCGUAUUCUCGGACCAUACGACCGAUCUGCCUGCCUGCCUCUUCAGUCAGCUUCCCGCAAGGCAUGACGUGCACCGUCACAGGCUGGGGGAAUGUCCAUGAAUCUACGAGCCUCCCCUCGCCCAUGACGCUACAACAACUUGAAGUGCCCAUCAUUGGUCUGGACACCUGCAGGUGCCUGUACAGAAGGAAUCCAGAUCCCGAGGAGUCCCACACCCUCCACCGUGACAUGAUGUGUGCUGGCUUUGUAGAAGGCAAGAAGGAUGCCUGUCAGGGUGAUUCCGGAGGUCCCCUUUCCUGUCUCGUGGACAACGCCUGGUUCCUGGCUGGCGUCGUGAGCUGGGGAUCCAGCUGUGGGGCUGCCAACAGACCUGGUGUUUACAUCCGCCUUCCUUUCUAUGCCGACUGGAUUAAGGAAAAAGUUCCAGAAGUACAGCUUCAGCAAGUGGCAGUCCCUACAAAGGCAGCCCCGGAAGAGGCCUUAUGUUCCAAUUCUACAGGAGGGGGAGGCCCCUAUGAUGACAUCCAAUCCUCACCAGGCUGGAACCGGCCCCUCAGCCCAGGCAAGAUCCCUCCCAGCAGUUCUGUUUCCCUAGCCUGCUGGGUUGGUCUACCACUUCUUCUUCUCCUCCUCCAGACCUGCCUGUGGUAAUUUUCCACUCCCACCCAAAAUUGCGCAGGGAAUGUGGUUGUCUUCCUAUUUUUAUCCUCCCUAUUUCAUAGCCUGCUGUGCUUCAAGCUUUCUCUUUGCAUGCUGGGCCGAGAAGGCAGAGUGAUUCAGUUGGGACGUGGUACUGUACCUACCCAAACUGCCUCUCAGGUGAUCAUUGAGUGUGUAUUUUGUAAAUCCACUUUUGGUCUUGGCCUAGCAUACGGCUUUUUAAAAAGUUCACUAUUUCACUCCUAUUCCUGGCUUUUACUCGGAGGAUCUAAUUCAUAAUUUUCCGAGUGUGUCUAUUUUUUGCCCCUUUCCCAUUUCCUUUCCCUGGCCUUUUUUUAAAAUCAUAGUUGGAUACAAAUCUGUAAUAAACCUGUUUUUUUUUUUUUUUGCUGUGGACAUAAUUUCAUAAAUUAGUGGGAGCCUAGUGUCCUUUUUAGGCAAAUUCCUGAACUGCGUUUGAAUAUGAGUAAUCCCUCUGUUGAGUAGUUGGCACCCUUCUCCCAUUGCAUUCCUUGCAUACGUUUUGAAACGUGAUCGGUUUCAAGACAGCUUCCACUCUGUCCAGUUCCUCCUUUCCUGCUCAUAAUGUGAAUUCUCUUGUAGCCUUCCUAACAGUUGCUGUGAAGACAAGGUCCUCCACAAUAGUUGGACGUUAUUCAAGGACCAAAGUUGAGCCCUUUGAAGAGAAUCGGUCAGCUGAAUCCUUUCUUCCUUAGGAUUUAAUUGAGAUCGCCGUCUGAUGUCUUGCCCAAGGGAGAACAGUAUAAUGUGCCUUAAUGUAAUUUCUCCCACUUAAAGAUCAUUGCCUUGCCAAGUAGACAAUGACAUUAGUUAACUUGGAUGGUGAGAGGAUUUUUACAGGGUUAGCAGUUCUGCUGUCUUAGGUUGUCAUGGUCUCAGCUUAUGUGAAACAGAUCAAGGAUGUUAUUAAAGUACAAUGCAACCACUGAGCUCUGAAAAAGGGAUAUAUUCGAUAGCAGGGGUCUCCAACCUUGGCAACUUUAAGCCUGGAGGACUUCAACUCCCAGAAUACUCCAGCCAGCAAAGCUGGCUGGGGAAUUCUGGGAGUUGAAGUCCUCCAGGCUUAAAGUUGCCAAGGUUGGAGACCCCUGUUCUAUAGGACCACUUCCGCCCAUGUUUGGGUUUACUUGACCCUUCCCCCCCCCACUUCUGGGCUCUCUAUGUGACUUGGUAUUUACCCACCUCUCCUUCUGGCUCACAGACUGAAUAAAAGGAGGCUCGGCAGGGGUGCUGGGACUUUGAAACUAACCUGCUGCCUUUUGAUCUUUGGCUGGGGGAUUAGGCCCACUUCUGUGUGCUGCUAGCCUUGCAGUUUUGCCUGAUUUAAGGCGAAAUUGUGCAGGGGUGGAAAUGCAUCCUCUGGAUGUUUCCGCUGUAUAAUUUAUGAACCCCUCCAAGGUGGGAUGAGGGCAGAGAUUCUGGGAUGUUCUUACGUGUGUGGACACCUCAGGUCAAGAGAUACCGUCAGUUUUUGUUCUGUGUCACCAAUUGUCAGCCUGACAGAUUUAUGGAGCAGCACGGACCCUGAUGUGAAGGCGAUGAAGGAGACCACUUGUUUCCAAGUAUGCUUGGACAGAAAUAUCUGCUAGCAUGGACGCAGAAUUAAAUGGAGUGGGACUGAUGAUUGAAAUUGCCCUCUUUGGGUGAAAAGAGGAUUGCAACUUUAUUUAGGUAAUUUAUGUUUGCACACACUUAAAAAAAAAACCUAAUGUACGGAUCAUCUUUUAAGGAAGGACUGAAAUCAGUUGUUCUUUUUGAAAUGAAGGGUUUUAAAUAAAACAGUAAUUCUACA